UUCUCUUUUUUUCAUUUGACAUUUUUAUAUUUUCGUGAUUAACUGCUAAAAAUACGACAUGAUUUUAUUUAUUAAGUAUUGCGCAACAUGAAUAAAUAUCUGUGAAUCUCAACGAUUUCUAUGUGUGCAUGUAUAUGUGUGUAUAUAUAUGUGUUCGUGAGUAUCUAUAAUCUAUUCAUAAGUCGCACAGUUUAACGCGUGCGAUAAUAAACAAGUAAAUAUCCGGGAACAAGGUCCGUAGACACAUGGAAUAAUAGGACUCGGAUUUUCGGGCUCGGAUAUAUUCAAGUCCGAACGCUCACUUCAUGACUUACGCGCACGUUGUUACUCUCGUCGAUCAUUAACAAAGUCAUCCGAUCACUCUCACGGGAGUAACACAAUAGUAUAUCUCUCGGUAGAGAUCUCUCGCAUCUCUGCACCUGUCUACCUGCAUCCCUACCUCCAUCGUUAUGCAGUCUCGAUUCGAGGAUUACCUGCCGUAUCUGGGCGGUGCAGCUGGUGCUCUCUUCGUCACCGGGGUGGCUUACUGGGCUUCCAGACCGAAGGCCGAAAUACCGCUCUUUCCGCUCGAUGCCCAGGCGUUGGUACUACCGGGCAACGAGUAUAUCCGGGUGUCUAAGUUCUACAAGGAGGGCAGAGAAGGCAAAUUCAUUACCUUCUUAUACGAGGAUACGCUCACCCUCUAUGACGGCUUCCGUCGCGGCGCCAAGGAAUCCAAUAAUGGUCCCUGUCUCGGAUGGAGGGAUGGGCCCAACAAACCCUAUCAAUGGCUUCAUUACAACGAGACGCUGCUCAGGGCGAAGAAUUUUGGUUCCGGCCUAGUGUCCCUGGGGCUGGCCCCUGGUCCACAAACUUUAAUUGGCCUGUACAGUCAGAAUUGCCCCGAGUGGAUUCUCACCGAGCAGGCAUGUUAUACAUACUCACUCGUGGUGGUACCAUUGUACGAUACCUUGGGCCCGGAUGCUUGCGCGUACAUCAUCAAUCAGGCUGAGAUUAAUCUGGUAGUAUGCGAAGAUGACCAAAAGUGCAAUUUACUCCUCGACAAAGCACCGAGGUGUUUACGGAAGCUAAUAGUGGUGAAGGAGACGCGACCAGCGACGAAUCAACGGGCGAAGAACCGCGGCGUCGAACUGUAUGCAUUCGACGACAUCGAACGUCUUGGCGCCCAGAAGAAUCAUCCGGAGCUGCCGCCGAAGCCGUCCGAUCUCUGCACGAUAUGUUACACGUCCGGUACCACGGGACACCCGAAGGGUGUCAUGUUGACUCAUCAGAAUAUCAUGGCGGCCAAUUGUUCGGUGAUGUUGCAGCUGGGCGAUCACGGGCUUUCGAGCAAGGACACGUUGAUCAGCUUUUUGCCGUUGGCGCAUAUGCUGGAGCGCUGCUGCGAGAAUUGCAUGUACAUGAUGGGCGGUGCCGUUGGCUUUUACAGCGGUGAUAUCAAGAAGCUAGCCGAGGACAUGAAGGCCCUCAGACCUACCGUUAUGCCGGCCGUGCCUAGACUAUUGAAUCGGAUUUACGACAAGGUGCACAACGAGCUUCGCAAUUCGUUCUUGAAGAGAAUUAUGUUUAACAUGGGCAUGCGAGCGAAAGAGUCGGAGAUCAAGAAGAGUAUUGUCAGGAUAAACAGCAUAUGGGACAAGAUCGUAUUCAGGAAGAUCCAGGAAUCGAUGGGCGGCAGAUUGAGACUGAUGCUCGUGGGUUCCGCGCCAUUGGCGGGAAACGUCCUUACGUUCACCAGGUGCGCUUUGGGCUGUGUGGUGGUCGAAGGUUACGGUCAAACGGAAUGCUCCGCGCCAAUAACACUUACUAUUCAGGGCGAUCACGUGCCAGAACAUGUGGGACCACCGGUGGCUUGUUGUUGCGUCAAGCUCGUCGAUGUUCCGGAAAUGGAAUAUUACGCGGUGAAUAAUCAGGGUGAGGUGUGUGUCAAGGGCACCAAUAUCUUCGUAGGAUAUUACAAAGAUCCCGAAAAGACUGCCGAGGUGAUCGAUGAACAGGGAUGGCAUCACACGGGUGAUAUAGGCAUGUGGCAGCCUAACGGAACGUUAAAAAUAAUCGACCGGAAGAAGCAUAUCUUCAAGUUGUCGCAAGGAGAGUACAUCGUGCCGGAGAAGAUCGAAAAUAUCUAUACACGCAGCCAAUAUGUACAACAAGUAUUCGUCCAUGGAGAGUCAUUAAAAUCUUGUAUCAUAGCAAUAGUCGUACCAGACGUAGAUGUAGUCAAGUGCUGGGCGGUAGAAAAUGGCAUACCCGGCACGUUCAGCGUCUUAUGCGCUAAUCCAGAAGUCAAAAAAUUAAUCAUGGAUGAUAUGCUAAUGUGGGGAAAAGAAGCUGGUCUCAAGUCCUUCGAACAGGUGAAAGAUAUUUAUCUCCAUCCAGACCCGUUCUCCGUGCAAAAUGGGCUUCUAACACCAACGAUGAAAUCGAAACGGCCUCAAUUGAGAGCGUAUUUCAAACCACAGAUAGAAGAUCUCUAUCAACAAUUGGACUGACCAGAUUGAGCGAUCUCAGCAUACUAUCGCUCGCCCACAUCAGCACUGACCGUAAAAAAAAAACGAUGAUAGAGAAGAAAGCAAAGUCUUUCCUCGCCGCCGCUGCCUCUCUCAUCAAAGUCACUAUUGUCAUCGAAAAUAUUCGUUAACCCUCGAUACUUUUAUUAUAUAUCAUUUUCACAGGUACAUUAGAGGGCCGCAGACAAAAGCACCGUUUAGGCUAAUUAAGAUAAAUAAUAACAUUAAAAAUAAUAAAAGGAGUUAUUAUUA